GUAGCCACUUUUUACGUCAACAAUGCUACCAACACCGACUGGGAAGACAUGGCUUACGGCCCUUGCUUUGACGACUGCAGAAGUGGCACUUGCAGUGCAGACGUGAAGCCCAGCCGUUACUGCCUCUACAUAGCAGACAUUGGUGACAACGGGGGUCAUGGUGCCGCUGACGUCAUCUACGCCGUUCAGGAACCCGCGAGUCUGCAGGACGGAAGUGUGGAUCUCGUCGGAGUCCUCCGCUUCAACUGGACAGAACCGGACGCUGAGACCUUACUCCUGUCACCUGACGGUCGGUUCUUUAUCGUCUCCAAAGUUUCCGGCGGUCAGGCCAAGAUAUCUCAGCUACCCGCUACCGCGUGGAACUCUGGGAGCGUCGUUGACCUAGACGAAUCAAAGAUGGCGACCCUACAAAUCAACACCACAAGCAACGACCCUCAAGGGGGUGAUAUCUCGCCAGAUGGGAAACAACUGCUGCUGAUAGCUGAGCACAACAUUUAUUAUUUUGGGGUGCCUGACGGUGACUACAUCAAAGCCUUUGAGAACCAGCCUCCCUCUGCCGUUGAUACCUACGAUAGAGUUAAAGACUCUGAAGGAAUAGCAUGGGCACCCGACCAGCUUGGUUUUUACAUCAUACCCGAGGGGAAGAACAUCUCAGUGUAUUAUUACCCUCGUGAGAAUGACGUUGUCGUUGGAUAGGUUUUAGCUUGUGAAUAGAGAUGUGGACAUAUAAUGAAACUAUUAUUGUUUAAUACAUUUCUUCUAUUAUAUUAAUUCAACUUGAUUAAAAAUAUUUUUUUAAUCUAUA